AUGACACAGCAGUCGUUAUUCCCUUUCCCUAUCUACAUUGUGACAGCUUCCUUGUUCCGUCAGUUACCUCGACAGCAAACCAGAUUUUCCACUUCUACUCCUGACAGCGAUGCCGCUACUCCCUCUCCUUCUCCCGACAGCCAGCCUGGUUCUCCCUCUCAUUCUCCCGACAGCCAGCCUGGUUCUCUUUCUCCUCCCGACAGCCAGCCUGGUUCUUCAUCUCCUUCUCCCAACAGCCAACCUGGUUCUCCCUCUCCUUCUCCCGACAGCCAGCCUGGUUCUUUUUCUCCUCCCGACAGUCAGCCUGGUUCUCCCACUCCUUCUCCCAACAGCCAGCCUGGUUCUCCCUCUCCUUCUCCCGACAGUCAGCCUGGUUCUCCCUCUCCUUCUCCCGACAGUCAGCCUGGUUCUCCCUCUCCUUCUCCCGACAGCCAGCCUGGUUCUUUUUCUCCUCCCGACAGUCAGCCUGGUUCUACAUCUCCUCCCGACAGCCAGCCUGGUUCUCCAUCUCCUUCUCCCGACAGUCAUCCUGGUUCUCCCUCUCCAUCUCCCGACAGCCAGCCUGGUUCUCCCUCUCCUUCUCCCGAUAGCCAACCUGGUUCUCCCUCUUCCAACAGCUCUCCUGGUUCUCCGUCUCCUACUCCUGACAGCCAGGAGGAGUGGGAGUUCCUAAGUUCCCCUCUCUUGCCGGGUGUGGACUCCCCUUCUUCGGAUUACUGCCGUCGUCGCUGA